AUGACGACUACGCUUCCUCCGGCACAGCAAAAACUGUUUGAAAAACUUGGUCAUGAGUUUGAUGCCCGUGAGUACGCAAAGGCGCUACGCUCUGCUGAUGCUAUAUUGGCCGUAAUCCCCAAUCAUGCCGAUACCAUUGCCAUGAAGGGUCUCACGCUACAUUAUCUUGACCGCAGGGAAGAAGGACAUUCAGCCAUUAAGGAAGCUAUUGAGCUCAACACUUAUUCCACCAUGGCGUGGCACUCGCUUGGACUAUGUCACAGGGCUGAGAAGAAUUAUCCUGAAGCUAUAAAGGCGUUUAAACAAGCGCAUCAAACGGACCCUUCCAACCCAAAUGUUUUACGAGAUUUAUCGUCUGUAUGUGUUCAGGUGCGAGAUUGGGAACAAUUUGUGGAGACACGCCAAAAAAUGGUGACAUUAAAAGCGGGUGUUCGUGCCAAUUGGGUUGCUCUUUCUUGUGGACAUCGCAUGCUGCGACACACAGAACUGGCAGCUGCAGUAAUUGAUGUCAUGAUGGCCAUCAUGGACGCUGGAGAUAAAGCGGUAGAAAAGAGUGAGGUGUUUCUCUAUCUUGUAGAACUGGAACUCUCUCAUAACGCGCCAGCACGAGCUCUUGAACUCCUAAAGAAGCAUGAUGCCGACAUUGUGGACGAGGAAGAGAAGCUGUUCCUACGUGCAAAGGCACAUGCCCUGCUUGGUCAAAAAACAGAAGCAGAAAAACGUUACAUGGAACUUAUCGGUCGCGGGGUAUCAGAGGCAGACUGUAUUGCGGCCAUUGCCCGCCUCCGUAAGAUUCCACUUGAUGCUCAUCGAUGUCCGAAGCGUGACGAGGAAAAGUAUCUUCAAAUUCUUCAGCAAGUCAUUGACGUCUACCCAAAAUGUGAUUACGCUCGGCGACAUCUACUGGAUUUUGUCCCCAUUGCAGAGUUUAGGAAACGUCUUUGUGAUUACGCCUCGGUGUUUAUUAUAAAAAUGAUUCCAUCACUCUUCAGUGUUUUGAAGUCACUUUAUAAGGACUCUGAACGUGCCAAGGAAAUUGGCACGGUAUUUUUGCAAUGGGAAGAUGAAAUUAAGAGGAAUGAUUUUUCAAGCUUUGGUGGAAAGCCAAAUCCGUCGUAUAUCUUGUGGAUUUGGAUGUAUUUGUCGUCACAUUACUGUCGUCUGCACCAGUUUGAUCAGGCAUUUCAUUACAUUAACCUUGCCAUUGAUCACACACCAACCGUGGAACUACUGUAUUUAAUGAAGGCCAAAAUACAUGCAAGAAACCAGGAGUUUGACGAGGCAGCUGUAAAUGCGGACAAGGCACGCCAAUUGGAUUUGCAAGACAAGUAUCUUAAUGGGAAGGCCGCCAAAUAUUUUUUCCGUGCCAAUCGUAUUGAGGAAGCUGAAGCGCGAAUGCAAAUGUUUUAUAAACCCAGUGCAGUACCUGGGGACACGUACCUCACGGCACUGGAAUCCCAAUGUGCUUGGUACGAGCGUGAGGUGGGUGAUGCCUUUUUCCGAAAGGGAGAUUACAUUUCCGCGUUGGGCAACUACCUCAUGUAUGAGGAACACCACAAGCGUAAUCAUGCGGAAUUACUAGACUUUCAUAAUUAUGUUUUUCGACGGUGCACAAUGCGGGCUUGGUUCGAUGUCUUGGCUCGCGAUGAUGACCUUAAUGGAAAUAAGUUUUUCUUAAAACUCUGCCCACGUAUCGUUCGCACGUAUUUAAAGGUGCAUGAGGAAGGCGAGGAGGCCGUACGUGCGAAACAUGUUUCUCGCCCCGAACUUGCGCCUUGCUCUGAUGUGGAGGAAAAUAAGCGUUUGACGCAGCUGCGCAAGGAGUAUUACUUAGGUGACGUGGAUCUUUCCAACCCACUUCAAAAAGCCGAACGGUAUCUGCUUCCCUAUCUCAGCCACAAUUUGUCCUCAGCAGAGGCGCACGUGUUGGCCUUUGAGUUUUACACCGCGGUGCGGCGGCCACUCUUUGUGGCUCGUGAGUUGUUGUCAUUGGCCAAAUUAAAGGAUGCAGACACGAUCGACCGUAUUGUUUCCUUUGAGCGAGGCCUUUUUGCGGAAAGUGCCUCAGAAAUGGAUUCUCGCGUGAAGAAUGUCAUUGAUGAGGUCUUGGCCAGCGCGUGGGAGAAGCUAAAGGAGGGGUGA